AGCGGUGGCGGUUGUCGGGCCCGGACCAGUGGGACAUGGAGCAGCCGUGGCCGCCACCGGGCCCCUGGAGCUUCCCGAGGACUGGCGGGGAGACCGAGGAAGAGAGUGACUUAGACGUGUCCCCCUCUUCUUCCCACUACUCUCCGGUACCGGACGGCGGCGCCCAGAUGUAUAGCCACGGGAUUGAGCUGGCGUGCCAAAGGCAGAAAGAGUUUGUGAAGAGCUCUGUGGCGUGCAAAUGGAAUCUAGCUGAAGCCCAGCAGAAACUUGGCAGUUUAGCACUGCAUAACUCUGAGUCCUUGGAUCAGGAACAUGCCAAAGCGCAGACCGCAGUGUCAGAGCUGAGGCAGCGGGAAGAAGAAUGGCGACAGAAAGAGGAGGCUCUGGUCCAGAGAGAGAGGACGUGUCUCUGGAACGUGGAUGCCAUUAGCAAGGAUGUUUUUAAUAAGAGUUUUAUUAAUCAAGAUAAAAGAAAAACAGAAGAUGAAGAUAAAUCACAAUCAUUUAUGCAGAAAUAUGAGCAAAAAAUCAGACAUUUUGGUAUGUUGAGUCGAUGGGAUGAUAGUCAGAGAUUUUUGUCUGACCACCCGUACCUUGUAUGUGAAGAAACUGCUAAAUACCUUAUUUUAUGGUGUUUUCACCUAGAAGCUGAGCAGAAAGGCGCUCUAAUGGAACAGAUAGCACAUCAAGCUGUUGUGAUGCAGUUUAUUAUGGAAAUGGCCAAAAACUGUAAUGUGGAUCCAAGAGGCUGUUUUCGUUUGUUUUUCCAGAAAGCCAAAGCAGAGGAAGAAGGUUAUUUUGAAGCAUUCAAAAAUGAGCUUGAAGCUUUCAAGGCAAGAGUAAGACUUUACGCUCAGUCACAAAGCUUUGCACCUGUGACAGUUGAGAAUCAUGCUCCCCAUUCUGGUGUCGGGUGCAUAGGCUCCGCAGAACCCCUACCACAGGCUCCAAGAUUUUAAGACCAGCUUUAGCCAGUUUAUUCUCUUGUCUACAUUGGGACAUGGAAAGUAUCAUUCAGAAGACAAUAUGAGGAGAGUCCUGUAUUUAUCUUUAAGCCUCAUAAAAUGGUAAAAAAAAAAAAAUGAGAUUUUCAAUUUCUUGACCUUAUGUCAGUAUAAUUUACCAUUUUAGUAACAUGUAUUUAAAAGUUAUUAAAUUUACAUUAACACUUUAAUCUAAUAUAGUAUAUAAAGUAGUAAGGAAAGCAGUUGAUCACAUUUAACUCAGCCAAAAACAUUUUUAAGGCUAUAAAUAUCUACAUACUGGCUUUAAAUAAUUACUAGUGUUCUCCUUUAAUUAGACACAUCAGGAAUAGCACCCUGAAGGAUGCCGGCAGAUCUCUUCUUUAUUUUUAUUUUUUUAAGAUUUGUUUUAUAGGUAUGAAAAUAUUUUGCCUGCAUGUAAGUGUGUGUACCACAUGUGCACCUGGUGCCCAUAUAGACCAAAAGAGGGCUUUAGAUCCCCUAGACUGUUCCUCGCAAAUGGUUGUGAGCUGCCGUAUGGGUACUAGGACUUGAACCCUAGACCUCUGCAAGAGCAGGAAGUGCUCUAAACUGUUCAGCCAUCUUCCUAGCCCCCAGUCAGUUCUGUAAUGUUAUUUAAAUACAGUAUUGAAGCAGCACAUGAAAAAGCAGUUUUUCUUAGGGAGUUUUAUGAUAUUGAAAGCAAUAAAUAAACCUAAAAUUAGUCACCUGAUGUGUGCAGAGAAGAAAGAGACUUCUAGGAUGUCAUUGGUUCUUUACAUAAAAUGAGAACAUAAUACACAUUACAAUAUAAGCAACCUGUAUUAUCAAGAAGAUGCUUCUGCUUUGAGAGAACUGAGUUAACAGCUGACAACAGUGGCCAGGCCUCCUUGAUAUUUGUGGUAGAGAAGGCUGGAGUCCUAGAAUUUUGUCAUUUGCAUUAUUUCUAUUAUGGGGAAUCUUCGUAAUUAAUCAAGGAUAACAGACCAGUUGUUCCCUGCAGGGUGAGAAUUUAAGCUUCCUGACCUAGGUAGCCUCAGGGGAGGCAUGCUGUUAGGGGUCUUUCUAGUUGCCUAAAACUGUGCCUAGAUGAAGGCAGUGGGGAUAGGAGAGGCCACCUGAGGGACCAAGAUGACAAUUUUGAGGUCUGAAAACAAUGUUCUACAAUAAUGGUAUAAUGUUUUUAUAUCACUUUAUGGGUUAUAUAAUAUGUUGACAUGUAUCAUUUAAUCUUUGAAAAACGCUAUGAUUAUAUUAACCCAUGUUUCAGAUAAGUAAGUUGAAAAUUACAAGGUUAAAUUACUUUGCCUAAAGCCAACACAAGUGAGUGGUGGGGCUGAUACUCUAACUUUGACUAUUUUUACCCACUCUUGAGUCUUGUGAGUCAUAAAUGACAAGUAGUCAAGUGCUCUUAGAGAGAACUGUGUACGGGGACCAGGAAAGGGCUGAGAGUGCUGGUGGACACAUGGCAGUCAGUGGGGUUUCAGCCUCAGUUAGGGCAGGGAUGCUGAUUCCCUUUGGUUUUUCAAGUCUCCAUGACUGUUGGUCAGUGAGCUCUGGAGAAUCUCUUCAGCCAAUACUUGAUACUCAGAAUUCUGUCAUGAUAGAGUAGUUACAAGUUUGGUCUUAAAGGACCCUGGAAUCUAUAAUGGGUGUCAAAAAAAAAGACAGCGGAAGUAGAGUGAUGUCAUAUAACAAGAGUAUUAUUGUUUUAUAAAGCUUAGAAUCUGGUAAUGCUCUUGCUUUUAGGGUUUUGUAUAGUGAAAAGAGUCCUCUGAAACCCAACCAUCACUGCCAACCUGAGCUCUGAUGGGCUCAACAGCUGCUUCUUGGGUGAAAGGGGCAGCUGCUUCACCCUCCCCCUCUGGCCUGGCGUUCUUUUAUUUUCCUCCUGAGUGACACUAACCCGAAAUAGAAACAGAAACAACAUAGAAAGGACUCCUGGAGACAAGUCGGACCCAGCGUUUGCCUUUUACUAAAGAAACACAAAGUGUUGUAUGGGUUUCCUCCGUAAGUUCUUGUUUGUUUGUUUGUUUGUUUGUUUGUUUGUUUGAAGCAAGUUUGACUGUUGUAAUCAAGGUUGGCCUUGAACUCUUGAUUCUCCAAGAAUGCUGGAUCCUCUUGACUGUUAGAAUUAUGGGAGAGAGCCAUUGUACUUGACUUAGAAAGUAUUGUAUUUUAUUAGGAUUAAAACAAAAACAGUUCCCCUGUGAGAUGAGGUAUUUAAGACAUCGAGCUCCAGUCACCUUUGUAUAUGCUUGGGGGAGACUCAGGCAGCUGGAGCUCAGACUAAAGGCCAGCCUGGGCCACACAGUGAGAGCAUGUGGCAGCGGGGGAAGGAAAAACCUAUCUCAUUCGGAUAACUUUACUCGCUAUUGUUUAUUAAAAACAAAUGACAUUAUGUGGUAAAAGUAAAAAAGAAAGAAAAACAAAAAUCCAAGUUGCUGGAAAAUGUUCAGAAUAACAGACUAGAGAAAAAAAAUCACUUCAAAACGAGGGCAUUGCCAUGUAAUGUCUUGGGUUUAAAAUCUUAAACUCUUUUCCAUGGAAAAUUUUAAAAGUGCAUUUAACUUUGCAUUAACAACAUUUUAUGUUAUCUAUUAGUUUUAGAAAAUAAAAUCUGAUUUUCCUUCAGUUUAUUUUACUCAGGCGGAUCUUGCCUUUAUACAAUACUUUACACUUAUAAUACUUAACUCUUGUAGUUAGAUAGUAAUCUUAACAUUGCUGGCUAAAAACUAUUUUAACAAAUGUAGUUUUUGAUUUUUAUGAGUAUGAGUGUUUUGCUGCACAUAUGUCUGUGCAUCCUGUGCAUACAGGGCCCACAGAGGCCAGAGGAGGCUGUCAGACCCCUUGGAACUCAAGUUUCAGAUGCUUGUGAGCUGCUGCAUCUAUGCCGAGAACUGAACCCUGGCCCUCCGCAAGAGUAACCAGUGGUCUUAAUGCUUUGUCAUCUCUCCAGCCUCCUAAAGGCAUAUUUAUUAAAUAUAAUCUCAUGAGGAAAUUUAACCUUGUAUGGUUAAGGAAUUAAAUGAUAGUUUUGUUGCAUUAAAAAGGAGGUAUGUAACACUUCUGCUCACACAUUGCACUCUGUCUUUAUCACCUCUCUUGGGAUAAAGAAUAACAUCCUAUCUUUAGUUCUUCAGGUUUCAGUCUGUGUGGACUCCAAAAACCCACUUUCUUUCCUAAUUUGCCGCGCUGCAGAGGAAUAGAAGGUGAAGCCAUGUACGCAGUUGCGUGUGUGGUGUGAAGCUACUUUUCAAGUGUUGUUCCCCGUCUGUCUUUCUUUCUCUCUCCCCCAGAAUCCAGAUUCUCUUCAGUGUUGUCCCCCUGCCCCUCUGUGCAGUGUAGACUCAGUGGUACAUAAAGAAGACGACGACAGGAUGAUGGACACUGUGUGACUCAGCGAGACCGCUGAGCCCAAGGACUAGUUUGUUACGAGAAAGGAAGAGCCUGCCUAUUUUUUGACACUUUUAUGGGUGCUGCACUUUAUUUCUGUUCGGUUUUGAUGGGAGGGAAAGAGAACUGAAAUGUUUUGCAACUUUUUUUAUGUGCUGCUAGGGUUUUUGUUGUGUUGUUGUUUUGUUUCUGAAGGGAAGGUAACCAUGUGUUGCAGGAAGUCGAACUGGACGGACUCUUCCCCCACCCCUCAGUUACUAAAUUUGCCUUUAACUGUUCUUAGUUUGGGAAUCAAAGUAUGAAAAUGUGCACAAUGCAAUGUUUACAAGACUGGUUGGCUGAGGAGACAUCUGCUACAUGGUCUUUUCUACAUGGACAUAUACAUGUCCUCUUUCUCGGAAAGAACUGAAGCUAAGAGUAUGCUGUGUCCCACUGCAAAGUUCAGCUGUCAAAUCUGCUAUUCAUCCCAUUAAAGCAAUAAAUCAGAGUGGUGACUACUUACCAAGGAGCAGGCUGGGCGGCACGGAUGCUACUUUAAGAUAUCUACAUGUGUAUUUUCGGCACCACCAGUUAACUCCUUGUCUACUAUAAAUUUGAUAUUAAAACAUUGCAUCUAUCCCUAAAGUAAUCUUAAAACUAUUCGAAGUUGAGUUUGUCCUGAUGACUGUUUAAAUAUUAAGGAGGAUAGUGAGUGUAGAAAACAGUGCGGUUUUCUGUUUUUCCAAGAAGAUAAAAUGCAAGGUUACUCUAAUUUACUUGACACAGUCUGGGACCUCUCAGGGAGUAAGUUAAAAGAAUAGUAAGGGCUGUAAGAACAUUCAGGAAGAGUAACGUCCUUGUUAAGUCACAGUUCCUGUGUUUCUUGUGGUGAAGCCUUGAGAAAUGAAGAGCUGAGCUGCCAGCCAUGCCUAAGGAUUUGAUAACAGUCCCUCCCCUUCAGUGGCGGUGAUGGUCUCGCUCUCUGCUACUUGCUUCUAGCUUGGUUACUAGAGGAUGCUUCUGAUUUUUACUUCUUCCUGUGUAAUUCAUUGCAGAUCCUCCAGGAUGUCUGAUGAUUCUUUUAUUUAGAAUUAGAUGACAGUGCCAAUUAUGAUAUCCUUAUUAUUUGAGGAUUAAUCUUCCAGCAUACAGGAGCACUAGCUUUGGUUAUUUUCAAGUGUAAUCUUUGGCUCAGUGCCCACUUCAGUUUGUAGCAAAUAUCUGGAAAGUGGGUACCUGGGUUUGGGAAUGCAGGUCUCAGUUUGGUAAGGAAAUCAUGCUAAGCAGCCUUGGGCGCUCAGAGCUGUGACCUCUGCCCCGGAUGUCCUUUUCAGCUGAUGGGGCACCUAAUACUGUGGACAUGGACUGGAAUUGUUGAAUCAUGCUCCUGUAAUGUCACAAUCUUCCUAGUUUUCCCAGAAUAAAAGUCUUUUUGUGCUUUUGAUAUAAAUAUAUAUACUCUAUAAUAAAAUGUCUGACUAAUUUA